UGAAGUUUUCUUUUUUAGCUUUUAUUUUGACAUCCCUUGCCCGGAAGUACACCCUGUUCGUGCACGUUCGCUUCACCAAAACAUCAUCGAGCAGCAAACAAACGGCUGCGAAGCUACGAUGUUUUCUGUUUUCACCAACCGGAGAGACAAAAAGGACGGAAGAAAACGGUGCGGGUGUGCCUCAGCGUGACCGACAUCUUAGCAGCGAGUAGCCAAAAGGAGACCUGUGCGAGUGUUUUCUUCCCGGGGCUGCCGCCGGAGAGCUGUGCCUCGACAAGGCUGGGCGGGGUGAUGUUUAGGUUCCGGUAUAAAGGCAGCGACAAAAUGGGAACCAGACGAGAUGUGAAGCCGGCAGCCCGCGCUGUGCUCUUAUCUCGGAGACUAGAAUGAGAAGUUGGUCGCCCGGGUGUGAAAGGGCGGCGGUAUAACCGUCUGGGGAGGCCACUGGCGGGGGAGAAGCGUGUCGCUGCCGCGUCCCUCCGCCCCUCAUCCGCCAGUACCAUGAGGACGAUCUUUACAUUCUGCUGUCUUUUCCUUAUUACCGGCGGAUCGGACCGGGCGUGGGCCACCGGAAACCUCACUGUCGAUGGCAGCAACAGGACCAACGCGACGGCCGACAGCAGCAGCAGGUAUAUCACAAUCGGGGACGGGUCAUUGCAGGAGUUCGAGUUCCCUGAAUACACCAACGGCGUGAUUGUAAUCUCCAGCCGAUACCGGAGCGCCGCGGCCGCCAGGACCGGCCGCCAGAGCUUAAAACAGACUGUGAGAGUUCACUCCUUGGAACCAGAGGUGCUCUCGAUAAUCAACGUGACGGACGGCGGCCACGGAGGACAGGCUCAGAGCUACAUCAUCAACAUCCGCUCUGGGCUGCCGGGCAGGGCUCAGCUGCAGAUCCAGCUGCUGGACCUGGACCAGGGCUCGGUGCCGGUUCUGAUUGAGGAGAGGACAGAUUACUGCAUCAAAGUGGAGCCCAGUGAGGAUGACCCGGCCACCCGGCUCAUCCAGUCGGGUGGUCUGUCCCAUUUCUCUGAGAACCCCGUUCUUUUUGCCUUGCUGCCCCUCAUCUUUGUCAACAAGUGUGCCUUUGGGUGCAAGGUGGAGGUGGAGGUGCUGCGGGGCCUGCUGAAGAGCCCCAUGCCGUUGCUCCUAGGCGCACUGGGUCAGUUCCUGGUGAUGCCUUUAUAUGCCUACUGUGUGUCCCAGUUGGCCUCACUGCCCAAGGCACUCGCUCUGGGGUUGGUCAUCACCUGUUCUGCCCCAGGUGGAGGGGGAGGAUACCUGUACAGCCUGCUGCUCGGAGGCGACGUCACCCUAGCCAUCUCCAUGACGCUGGUCUCCACAGUGGUGGCGGCGGCAGCCAUGCCUUUGUCGUCAGCCCUGUACGGUUGGCUUCUGGGUGUCCAUGCUGCCCUGCACGUGCCCUUUGUGAAGAUCUUGGGCACCUUGCUGUUCAUCGCUAUCCCCAUCUCACUGGGCAUGCUGGUGAAGCUGCGGCUGCCUGCCCUCACUCGCGUCCUGCUGGCGCUCAUCCAACCCUUCAGCUUCGUGCUCAUUGUGGGCGGCAUCUUCAUGGCCUACCAAAUGGGAGCGUCCAUCCUAGCUAACGUCCAGCCUCAAAUCGUGGUCGUUGGGAUUACGGUGCCUUUGCUGGGCCUGGUGGUCGGGGCUGUCCUGGCCAAGCUGGCGGGCCUUUCUCCGCCACAGAGGAAGACGGUCAGCAUCGAGGUGGGCGUCCAGAACAGCCUGCUGGCUCUCGCGGUCAUGCAGCUGUCUUUCCGGCGACUGGAGGCAGACUUUGCGUCGCAGGCGCCCUUCAUCGUGGCCCUCAGCAGCACCUCGGAGAUGCUGCUCAUCGUGCUGGGAUACGUCACCCAGCGGAGGCUGUGCGGCUCGGCCGUCACCAGGAGCGACGCCUGAUUGUAGCUGCAGUUUUGCUCUUAACGUUUUUUGAAGAAUGAACCGUUUGAAUCCUGUGGAAAGCUGGUGUCCCUCUGUCUCAGCCUCAAGACGCCCAACAAUCACCAACCCAACAUCACUGUUGUUGUACACAGGACAGUGAAUGGACUUUUUAUGGGACUUUUGUUGUCGUUUUGGUAUUUUUUUCAUGAAAACCAAAGGCCUUUUACCCCUUUUUGUGUUUAUUUUCCAGUACGUACUUUUUCAGAUAAGAUUAUACUGUGAGGUAAAUGUAAAUAUUCUUAAGAAGACAAAUCCCUAUUAAAAGAAAAGAUAUU